CAGCUGCGCCAGUGACUCGUGCGUAAUUCUGACAGUGAACUGGUCGCGUGUGUAUUCCGAAUCGUGAACGUUAACGUUACUCUAGCCCGCAGGUGGCAAUUGCUCCGCUGUGAAUAAUUGCUACUUCUUGUUCGAAUCCUUGCCGCCAUCCUUGUAUAAUGACGGAAGGGUUGGAUCACGACGAAGUUCAUAUAUCGACGGUACGUACUUAUGUCAUGCCCGAGUUGAUAAGACUGCACGGUUAUCCAGCCGAGACUCAUCAUGCCUGGACGAAAGAUGGAUAUCGUCUUGAAAUGCAUCGCGUUCCCCGGCCCUUGUCCGAGAGGAUACCCAUUGGAACAACUGCAAUGGACAAGCCUAGUCCCGAACCGUCGGGAUCGAGUGAGGAUUUACCAUCAGCUGCCGGAACACGUGGAUCUCCAACCGUGUUGAAUGAGAGGCCGCCUGUACUUGUUCUCCACGGUCUUCUGUCUAGCUCCGCUGACUUUGUUCUUCUUGGGCCGCAAAGGGCCCUCGCUUACGCAUUGUGUGACAGUGGCUAUGACGUUUGGCUUGGAAACUCUCGAGGAAAUGCCUACUCUCAGGAUCAUAAACAAUACACGAUCAAAGACAAGCAGUUUUGGGACUUUAGUUGGCACGAGAUGGGCUACUACGAUCUGCCAGCGAUGAUCGACUACAUCCUCGAAGUAACGGGGCACACGUCGUUGUACUACGUCGGUUACAGCCAAGGCACGACGAUUUUCUACGUAAUGGCGAGUGAGCUGCCGGAGUAUAAUUCCAAGAUCAGGGCUAUGGUCAGUCUGGCGCCAAUCGCCUUUCUGGCGCAUCAAAGAAGUCCUCUUAUCAAGUGCACCGUACACUUCUACAAUCUUAUGGAGUGGGGUUCUUCGUACUGUAACAUUCACCAAUGGUUUCCUCGAAACAGACUCCAGGCUCGGGCUCUGGGUACGCUCAUACGCAACGCUCCUCAGACUUUGACGAAGAGCGUGUGCACUUCGUGGCUUUACCUUAUUGCUGGCUUUGGCAGCAAUCAACUGGACAAAGCGAUGUUACCUCUAAUUUUCGGCCACUUUCCCGCUGGCUCGUCCUACAAGCAGAUUAUUCAUUACGGCCAAAGCGUUCAGUCAGGGUCUUUCCGAAAAUUCGACUACGGGAAGAAGAAGAAUUUGGAAAUUUACGGUAGCAUCCAACCUCCCAAGUACAACCUUGACAAAGUCAAAGUCCCCGUCACGAUAUUUUACAGCGAGAACGACUUCAUGACAGAUCCACGAGAUGUGGCGCGGCUAGCGGAUAAACUACCCAACGUCAUCGAGAAGUACAAGAUCCCUUAUGCCAAAUUCAAUCACAUCGAUUAUCUGUGGGGCGUGGACGCCAAGACCCUCGUAUACAACUAUGUAAUAAAAAUUCUAAAACGAUCGUAGCAUCGAGUUGUGUAAUGCAUAUGCAUCGAAAGCGAACAAUCCCAUGUAAUUCGAAAACGAGGAUGGACGACAAGAGACAAUGGACGUCGCCGUUCUCUAGACUGCGCUUCACUUGGAAGGUGUAUAUCUGGCUACGUGCCUUCAGUCUUCUUUGACCCAACCGUGCACGUCAUGGACCUGAUGUCUUGGUAACUUGGUCAAGUAAGGCAAUUUCCGACGACUUUUUGAUUGCGCUACUACGAGGUAGCUGCAUAUUCUUAUUCGACACAUAUUAUAUAUUCCGUGUUCACAUUUUUACUCAUCCCCCCGACCCCGGAAAUACGCAGACUCUGCGUAUCUAGUUGGGGAAUCAUUAGGAAAUUAGCUCAUAGUUAGGGACAACGUGUAACUCAUCUUUAUUAUACGAUUUUUACAGUAUAGAAGUUUCCUGCCCAUACUCGUUGUGUUAACUAUAGCCCCCAAAUAAUGACAGAUUUCGCUCUCUGGCAUACCAGUGAACAAUUUUUGAUACGCUUUCCAAUAAUCAUUCAUAAUCUGUAGUGAUUUUUAGAUGUUGAAAGUGUACCGAUCAGCUAAUGUAACCAU